AAUAACUUUAAUUGUACCUCUAAUGGUGCGAGAGUAAUGAGGGUUACGGAGAAGGAACUAUCACAACAGCAAUCUUCAUCAGCUGGGGUAUCAGUUGAAAAUCCCCAAAAGAGUUCUUCUGGAACACCAGCUUCUACUGUUCCCGAUCCUUCAGUGAAGGACUCUUCACACAAGAUGAAUAGUUUGGAAGGAGGAUCAAAGGGAAGAGAUAGAUUUACACCCCAACAAGAUCAAAAAUCCCAUCAGCGUAAUUCUUUCUUCAGGAGGGGACCCCAUCCUCCUGGAUAUUCGCCUGGUUCUUACCGUCAAAAUCAUAUUUCUCAUCGCAGCUUUAAUGUUAGAGAUGCUCAGCAGCAUCAGCAGAUGCAGCCGACAACGAUCAACCAUAAUUUGUACUUCACAAUAGCAAAGCAGAUAGAAUACUACUUCAGCCCAGAAAGUUUGUGGAAAGAUAUUUUCUUGCGGCAACACAUGGAUGAACAAGGCUGGGUUCCUGUUUCUGUAAUAGCAGACGUCCACCAAGUUGAGCAAUUAAUGAAAGGAAUUCCAGACAAUCAUAAAUAUAUAUUGCAAGCACUGAAAGCAUCAAAAAUCGUAGAGACCAAUGGUGAUAAGAUAAGGAAGCGCUAUGACUGGAUCAAAUGGAUCUUGCCUAAAGAUGGGAACUCCACAAACUCAGAGAUGAACAACCAUUUGCGAAGUUCCAAUGAGGAGGGGACAAGUGAAGGUAAUAAAGUGAAGGCUUGACUAAAAGAGUUUUCUGCAUGGGACAAAAUCGAGGAUCUAAAAAUGAGUUUCAGAAAUUUUACUUGCAAACUGCCGAAAAAAAUGGAAGUGCAUGAUCAACAAAUGGUAGUUGCUGAUAUGAAGGUAUAUAUAUAUACACAUA